AUGUCUGGAUUAUCAUGGGAUUAUAUUGCGAAGCUCGUCUGUAUCGGCGAUAGCGGAACUGGAAAAUCAUCACUCACAAUUCGACUUUGCGAAGGUCGUUUUUCUCCACAUCAUGAUGUUACUAUUGGAGUCGAAUUUGGUUCGAGAAUCAUCCCAGUUGGUCCACCGAAUUCAGAAGGUUUCAAAGCAAAAUCGAGUAUCCUAGAAGAAGCGCCAGUUGCUAAAGCUUCAGCUGCGGCAUCGGACGUUCCACAGAAACAUAUGAAACUCAGUUUAUGGGAUACAGCAGGUCAGGAAACUUAUAAGAGUGUAACGAGGAGUUAUUUUCGUGGUGCUUCAGGCGCAUUGCUUGUAUUUGAUAUCUCAAGGCGACCGACAUUUGAACAUGUUACCGACUGGUUACAUGAUUUGCGACAAAUUGCAGAGCCGGAUAUAGUUGUCGUGUUGGUAGGAAACAAGAGUGAUUUGGCGACGAACGAGGAGAAUAAACGAGAAGUUUCUGUGGAGGAGGCAGAAGCCUGGGCUAAACGAAACGGAGUAUUGGAAUAUGUCGAAACAAGUGCGAAGAGUGGUGAAGGUGUUGAGAAUGCAUUUUCAAGAGUGGCAGAAAGGAUAUAUAUGAACAUUGAAGCAGGGAAGUAUGAUUUGAAUGAUAGGAGAUCUGGGGUUAAAGGUCCUGGUUAUGGAGGCUCUAGAACAAAUGUUAAGUUGGCUCCUCAACAGGCCACUGGUGGUGGUGGAUGUUGUUGA